ACUCGUUUGAUGGCUGCGAAAUCAACAAUUUCUAUUUUCCUUCUUUGUUUGUAAAUUUGUCUAAAAAUCGCUAAGUGUCAAUUGUUUCGUGUAAAUAACUUAAAAUAACAUUAACAGUGAUAUUUUACGACGAUGUCUUCUAUGGAUUUUGAUCUCUAGCACAAAAUAGUGUUUGUUCAGUUUUUGUAGGACAAGUGAAGUGAAGUGGACGCGAUCUUGGCCCAACUCAUAACAAGCUAAAAAUACUUUUGCUUCGUUAUAUAGCGAUUUGUAAACUAAACUUUCUUUUCUUAUUUGUGAUGUACCCGCAUUCCACCAGCGCUGAAGAAGAACAGAAGACGAAUUUGAUUCCGAGUGUGAAGCUUCUUCAUUCCAAAAGAAAAGGAAUAUUCAUACACCCGUCGGCUAUGUACAGAAGUAGUGCACGCAGCUGUACGAAUAAUUUUACAGUUUCAAUAGCAAGGAGUUUGUGUGGGUAAAGUCUUGUUGCGUACGAAAUAGAGAAACUGAAAAAAUGAAACUCUUGGAGAGUGGUCGUCUGGAGGCCCUGAGCAGCGCCCUAUCGAUCCUGAACGGUGAUAGUGCUGUUCAAAGCCGCGUAGAGAGCUACAGUUGCAAAAUGGCUGGAACUGAAAAAGCUUUCUACAAACGAUUUACCGCUGAUGGAGAGACCUCCCGUGACCUGCAAGCCCUAUCUCCACCUGAAGGGGUCAUGUAUAGUCGGAGCUUGUCUGGGGAUGAGGAUGGUGUGCUGUGUGACACCAUCUCACGCAAGACACUCUUCUAUUUAAUAGCAACGCUGAAUUCUGCCUUUCCAGAUUAUGAUUUUUCAAUGGCAAAGAGCAGCGAGUUCAGUGCGGAGCCGUCGCUGAGCUGGGUGCAGGCGGCGGUGGACGGCGCACUGUCGCCGGUGGGCGGCGCGCGCUGGCGCGGGCUGCGCGCGGCGCUGUGGGCCGCCGUGGACGAGGAGGUGGCGCUGCCCGAGUGCCGCAUCUACAGCUACAGCCCCGACCUGGCCAGCGACCCCUUCGGCGAGCCCGGCUGCCUCUGGGUCUUCAACUACUUCUUCUACAACAAGAAGCUCAAACGGAUUGUCUUUUUUACAUGCAGAGCUAUGAGCCCAGUUUGCGCGGUCGACUCUGGCGUUGAUUUUGCUAUGGACGAAGAUGAGGAGUAUAAUUAAAUAAUGGUUUUCAAAGUUGUUCAAUGUUAAUAAGUAAGAUGUGCACCUCUUAUGUAACUCCUAAUUUAAAGAUUUAAAAUUAACAUUACACUUAAUUUUAUGAACACAUGGGCAAUUAUUUUUGCAAUGGAUGCGUUUAAACUUAAAAACUAAUUGCUUAUUUUACGCAUAAGUUAAUUGUAACUAGACAAGUUGACGUACCUCGUAUAUUUGUUAAAUUUUUUGAGAAUUUAACGAAAUACUGUAAUAUUUUCGGUUUAGUUUGGAAGUGGAAUAAAAUAUUGAUGGUGUUUUGUAGAAAAGGUUGUAGGUAGCCGUAGAUUUAUUUUCCGGAAUCUUCUCUUUUAUCAAACAGUCAAAAUUAUAAUGUUUUUUAUAAAUGUGCUGUAAGUUUUAAUAUAGCUUUAUAAUGUUUUUAUUUUAAUUAUACUUUAUAUGAUCAUAUAUGAAACUGCAAAUGUUUCACUUAGGCGGUCUUCCGCAGUGCGAGUUGGACAUGGUUAUAGUCGUGCAUAGCGUUGUCUCACCCGCACAUCCAAGUGGCGUGCGGAAACCGCAUCGGCGUAAUAGCCAGUUAUUGUAAUUUUCUUUGUAACUCCUUUUUUAUGUCUGCGCUAAACGCUGUGAGCUGCGCGAGCCCCACCUAAUAAGCUGUUAUUUAUACCACUUAGUGACCCCAGCGGCCCACCGCGAGUCGUUUAUUCGAAUUUAUGACGUGACCUAUAUUAAUGAAGUGUCAAUUUAGUUAGCUCUUCAAGUGACAAAAUAAAUCACAAUUAGAGUCGUUAGACCACUGAAAACUCAAAACAACAUUUGCAGCUCUCUCAGAUUCCUAAAACUGGUGAUUUCUACUGCCGUUGGCUCUUCUUCUUAAAAGUUUGCCGACCCCUUAUCAAGGGCACGGGUUCUCAGGGCUUAGGGUAAGGUAGGGUUCCUAGGGAAUGAAUGAGACUCAUUCUCAUUCCUAGGGCUUUGCCAUUGAUCGUAAACGGGUUCGCGACAAGUACAGUCAGCGUCAAAUACUCUGUAGCAGUCAAAGUGGCCAAAUAGUUCGGUACAUCAUACUAAAUAUAUGGUGUACCGAACUAUUUGGCUACUUUGGUUGCUAUAAAGUAUUUGACGCUGACUGUACCUAUAACCAAACUUUUUUUUUAUACAAAUUAGUUUUCGUCUUGUGUUUCGCAGCAUCUGGUAUAAGUUGGUUCGGGGGGUAGAGUUUAUGAAACCCUGUUCUAUAGGACAUACAAGCAAAAACUCACAGUUGAGUUUUGUAAUUACAUAAAUAGGUUGAGGGCUCUCGUGGCUUGGAUAAGUAUAUACGUUAGAUUCAGAUGAAACACAUUGUUUUUUUAACUCGGUAACUUAAAACUGCAUCCUGCAGGCUUAUUCAGUCAGCGAGUGGCGCAGAUAAAUUUCAACUAAAUGUGUUGUCGAAAUAAUUUGAAUAUGUACCUAUUUUUCUAUUUGGUGGCCUAGCGGUAAGAGCGUGCGACUUGCAAACCGGAAGUCGCGGGUUCAAACCCCGGCUCGUACCAAUGAGUUUUUCGGAACUUAUGUACGAAAUAUCAUUUGAUAUUUACCAGUCGCUUUUCGGUGAAGGAAAACAUCGUGAGUAAACCGGAUUAAUCCUAACAAGGCCUAGUUUACCCUCUGGGUUGGAAGGUCAGAUGGCAGUCGCUUUCGUAAAAACUACUGCCUACGCCAAAUCUUGGGAUUAGUUGUCAAGCGGACCCCAGGCUCCCAUGAGCCGUGGCAAAUGCCGGGACAACGCGAGGAAGAAGAAGAUUUUUCUAUUAUCUUUUCUCAAUCAUGCACGGAAAUACCUACCGUAGGCUUACAACUCUCAAAACAUUAAUUUUAAAAUUUAAUGAAUGUGCAAUUUCUGCAAUGGAUUUUAUAGUUUUGACACGAGUUAUAAUUUCCAUGUAUUUUUUCGAGAAAAGCAUUACAAACCUGGAAAGGAAGAGGUAUUGCUUGACUAGUAUAUUAGGUAAUUUUCUUCCAGGAUCUUGCACCGCUCUACCUUGAUUUUCAUACCCUUCAAGCAAUUCCUGACUUCCCGGCCGUUGCUAUUCCUCAAAGGCUUAAUUUCCUCCUUCGCUGUCAUCGGUCAAGCGUACGAUUUACACAAUUUUUGUAUGGGCCACCCACCGCACAGCAACGGUGACGUCGUUCUCGGUCGUCAGCGCCGCGUGCGUCGGUGCGCUGGCGCGCUAUACACCACAGAUCGCGCGCUCAGUGCAAAGCUGACGGGUUGGCUAUACACACAUGCCGUCGUGAGCAUCAUGUGUUAAUUUGUACGCUCGACCGAUGUCAAAGUUGGAGAAAAUGAAGGCUUUCUUUGUCAUACGUGACCGAUGUCAGCGUAGGAGGAAAUCGGGCCUAAGCAUUGGUUUCGGUUGAUGCCGUACUUGCCGCAUUUAAUUAAGUGGCAUUUCUUCUCUUGCAAUUACAAUACUUAAUUUUGUUUCAUAUUUUAAAACGGAUCUCUGUUUUAAAAUGGUUUCAAAACGCGAAAGUUUUAAAUGUUAAUUUUGGUUUCUAUGUUAGUCGGUCUCUAUUCAGAUUUACCUGCUGAAACAUAUGAAUUUUAGGAGUAAUUAAAUUUAUUUAUAGUUACAGAUAUAUCUGGUAUAGGGUGUAGAUUUAGGUGUGACAUGUAAAAUGUAAAUUAAAUAAGCUGAGUUCAGAUCUCAAUUUUUCGUAUCAAAAUGUAUAUUUAAUGUCAAAGUUUGGAACGAAUAUAUAUAACUACUACUUGGAAGUAGUACUUACUGUCGUUACAGUAUAAUCGAGUUAUAAAUCUUAAAAUAAUUAGCGACAACCAAGAAUGGUGUCUUUUUGAGAUUUUAUACUUGACUGUACAUUUUGGUGUUAAAAACUUAUUUUGGCUUUGGGAUGUGCAUGGUGCUUGAAUUAGAAUCAAUCUAAUUUCUACAUCUUGUACAAUAAAUGUGUCCUUAUUUUUACUUUACAACCUUAGUUUUACGGCUUGAAUCAGUAGAUUGCGGCCAAGUAUAAGCUCGUUAAGACAGAAGCAUAUUUAUUAGGGUUUUUGCCUCAUAAUUUGCCAAGAACGUACACACAUUUGUAUUUUGUUUGUGACGAGACUUGGCUUAUGAACUUGAAGUAUUAGAGUAAUGUGGAAAGCGUAAACCAUAUUUUAAGUCACUUAGAAAUCCGCCUAUAUUUUAGGGCGUCACUUUCAAUAUUGUUAGCGACAUAAUUACACAUUUGAUGAAUUAUACAUUUUUUCCCGAA